CUAAUGGAUAUUCUACAUAAAAACUCAACUGUUUCUGAAUUCAUCCUGUUAGGACUUUCUAGUUCUCAAGAAGUUCAGAUAAUCUUUUUUGCAGUCUUUUUUGUGGUGUAUGUUGCCAUUGUAGUGGGAAACCUCCUCAUUGUGAUUUCUGUGCUGUUUGAUAACCAUCUUCAUUCUCCCAUGUAUUUCCUCCUGGCAAAUUUAUCCUUUUUUGACUUAUGCCUUUCCUCUGUAGCAACUCCCAAAGUGAUUGCAGAUUUCCUUAAAACACUCAAAUCCGUCUCCUUCUGGGGCUGCAUGGCCCAGAUGUUUUUUAUGCAUUUCUUCGGAGGCGGUGAGAUGUCUCUCCUGAUUGCUAUGGCCAUUGACAGGUAUGUUGCCAUAUGUAAGCCCUUGCACUACAAGACCAUCAUGAACCGCAGAGUGCUUCUUGUGCUUCUACUGCUCUCCUGGACAAUUGGGUUCAUUCACACUACAAGUCAAAUGGUUUUCACAGUGGGUUUGCCUUUCUGUGGCCCCAAUGUUGUGGACAGCAUUUUCUGUGACCUUCCUCUGGUCAUCAAGCUUGCAUGCACUGAGACCUACAUCCUGGAGCUCCUGGUGAUUGCGGACAGUGGGCUCCUGUCCCUAAUCUGCUUUGUUCUGUUGCUCGUAUCCUACAUCUUCAUGCUGGCCACCAUUUGGCAGCAUUCCUCCAGCGCAUCCUCCAAGGCUGUGUCCACUCUGUCUGCCCACAUUACAGUAGUCACUCUCUUCUUUGGCCCAGCUAUCCUCAUUUAUGCUUUUCCAUUCAGUAGUUAUUCCAUAAAUAAGUUUCUUUCUGUUUUUUACUCCAUACUCACUCCUCUCCUUAAUCCAAUUAUUUAUACACUAAGGAAUCAGGAAAUGAAGUCAGCCAUAAAGAGACUCAGCAGCCAGCAUGUUGGUUCUGGAUGGUCUCUUAAAUACUGCUUGUAA